GUUUUCAUUCUGCAGAGCCGCUGGGGCAGAGCCGAGUCGAGACACUUGAGGAAUGUUUAGUGCUGCAGUGGGGCGGCACACAGCAAGACGACCCCCGCGCACUCACGCACACACAUACACAUAAUCCGCCUCAACUUCAAAUUAAUUAAAAACGACAUGAAUUGUCGUUAGAGCAGAUGACACUAUUUAAAAUUUACUUGGAGAAGAAGCGGUGACGUGUAGGGGAGUGUUAUAUGAGCAUGCAACCGAGCAAGCUGUGUGUGUGCGAGAGCGAGGCGGGGGUAAUGCCGGAAGGCGGUCUCGGGACUCUGACAGCUAGUUAAUAAACACCCGGCCGUCAACAGCUGCUCAUGAUGUAAUGUGGAACUUCUUCCCCCUCCUUCUCCUCCACCCAUUCUCCCCCGUAUUUACAAGUAGCAGGGUGUUGCAGAGGACCAGUCUGGCAGCUCGGAGUGAGAAAAAGCCGAGUGGCUUUACAGCUCGGUGGGAAUUUACGACGGCAUGUUUUCAGCUGCCUUCAAAGGAAACAGAGUUACACUAUCUCCCAGCAAGAAAUACAAAUCACAUACUUCGAACGUCUUCGCAUCAGCAGACCUGUUGCAGGGUUCUCUUCCGAGGACUUGGUAACCAGAAAUGGUUCCCUGGGUCACGGAGCAUCGCUGAGGAGACGCGGGAGCCAUGAUGACAGGGAAGAGUCACCUGCAGAGGAGGGAGCUGCUGAAGAGGCUGUCCCUGGAUGGGGGUCUCGUGGAGUAUAUGGAUUCUAAUAAAUGCAUCGAGGAGUUGCUCAAACAGCUGGAGGAGGAAAGGCGUAACGUUCGAAGGCAAAAACUGGCCGUGGCUCGUCUGCAGAGAGAAGUCACACGAAGCAAGAGCGAGGGAACAAUGCGAGAGAAGCUGAUGCAGGAGCUGGAGGAAGAGCGGGGACUGAGACUGCAGAGCGAGAGGCGUCUGCGGGAGGUGGCGGAGGAGUCGGAGCUGGGCCGGGCGCAGAUGCUGUCCUUACAGCAGCACUUCUCCAGGAUGGAAGAGACGGUGCGGAGCCUGCUGCAGAACCAGGGGGCGCUGGAGCACACCCCCCUGGACACUGUGGAUCUCAUGAAGGCCUACAAGGACAAACUCUCGGAGGAGGUGAAGAAGCAGCGGGAAGGCCUGGAGAACCCUGGGCCGCCAGCGCGCGAGGCGAAGCCGCUGAGCGAGGGUGACGUUGGCGCGGACGCAGACGCGGGCGAUGAUGGCAGCGGAGCGGAGGGAGACAGAGACAAAGAGACCCGGCUGCUGAUGGAGCGACUGCGGACCCUGGAGGCAGAGAACUCCGCCCUGGCGAUGGAGAAUGAGAGCCAGAGGGAGCAGUACGAGCGCUGUCUGGAUGAGGUUGCCAAUCAGGUUGUGCAGGCCCUGCUCACUCAGAAGGACCUGAGGGAGGAGUGCCUUAAGCUGCGGACCCGCGUCUUCGACCUGGAGCAGCAGAACCGGACCCUGAGCGUCCUGUUUCAGCAGCGGGUCCGCCCCGCCUCCGACCUGCUUCUCCAGAAGCUCCACUCGAAAAUCAUGGGCCUGUCUUUGGGGGACCUGUCCCUGGAGCCGGAGAGGAGCAAGAGCUUCCUGCUGCCUCGGAACGCGGACUCGCCCCCACACGACUCCCAGUUGAACGGGAAGGCGGGACUUCCUGCGGGAAAGUGCCUGGGCCAGCUGAGCGUGACGGUGCCGCUGGCGGCCUAUCCCAGGAGCAGCUGCAGCAGCAGCGAGCUGUCCAUCUCCAGCGCCUGCAGCGACUUCUCCAACAGCUCCUGCACCUGGAACGAGGGCAAGCCGUCUUCCCUGACCUGGGAGAAGAGGGGCACCCUGGGGUCUUCCACUCCCAGCAACAUCUGUGCCCCGCCCGAGGAGCAGCCCCCCACCCGGAGGAAGGAGUGUCACAUCCUGGAGGGCCUGAAGAGGCUGCAGAGGCACCGUCCCAAGGAGGCACCCCCCUUAAUCUCAAAGUCGGGUUACAAGGACUGCAUGAACUCCAACGAGGGCAUUUAUUCCCUGGGCCUCAAGUGCAGGGGCCAGGGGGCCCCCAAAGUCCCGGCCACGGGCACGCCCGCAGGGGCAGGCGCGGGCUCGGCAGGCGGCAGGAAGUUUUCCUAUGACUCGGACGAUGCGGACGACGAGUCGUCACGUGCCCCCCCGGGUCGGGACCGCUGGACGUACUCCAAGAGGCUGACCCACAGCCUUUCCGACAGCCUGUGCAGCUGGGAGGGGGGUUCGGGGGGCGGAGAUGUGGCCCAGCACCCCCAAGCCACUGCCUAUGACUCCAAGGAGCAGCCCGAGAAGCUUGUUCCCACUGGUGUCGGUGGCUUCCUGUAUGACGGGAGGACUCGGGCUGCCCCCGGCUCCUUCCCACUGCCCUUUGAGGUGAGUCCCUCGGAGGCUGACCGUGCCUCGCUCCGCCUCUCAGACACAGAUGAAGCGGACAGCUACGGUGACGGCUGUGAGCGGCCGGAGAGGGACGGCAGGUGCCCGGCAGACCCCCGGUGCGAGAAACGGAGCUACGGUAGGGCGCGUUCAGCUGACAGCAGGCCCCGGCCCCUCAGCCUGCUCUGGCAGCAGACAGCCGCCAAGAGCGCACAGUCAGAGGAGUCCAUUGCUGCCGUUUGUGAUGCAAAUGGGGAGCCCAUAGAGCUCAGCUCACAGUGUGCCCCCAAACCCAUCGUCCCUGUGAGCAGCUCCCCUGCCACCGAGUACACCGAGCUAGUGCCCCAGGAGGCACCCGGCUCACAGGGCAACACCAGGAACUAUUCUGUCCUAGAGUCCCCUGAAAAUCCAGCCAAUCUCCAAUCCCAAGACACGGUGACCAAAACUGAUGUUGGGGAGGGGUCUGCCUACAACUCACAGCAUUUGCAGGCCCCCAUGCCCCCUCAGCAGAAGCUAAUAAAGACCCCCCACAGCCGUGCCCAGAAAGUCCACUCUGUUCCUCCCAUGCACAGCAUCUAUACCUCGAAGACUAACUUCAGCAAGAUUCCUGGCCGGGGGAGGGGGUCGCCGGUGAAGGUGGCGAAGGGCCCCAUGGCAGAGACCCCCUCCGCCCCCUUGGGCCAGGAGCACUCACCCUCCUCCCCGCCAGUCAAACUGUCCCGCUUCAUCAAAGCUCCAGGAGGUGGUGGCAGUGGUGGGUGCUCCCAGAGCUCCAAAGCUGCUCAAGCCAGCUCCCGGCUACCCAGCAGGACUGACUGGGCCAAAAGCCCCUCCUCCAACAUUCCAGGGUCCCCGGUCCUACCCAGGAGGCACCUGGAGCACAUGGACAUUGGGGAACAGCCGACUCGGGAUGGGCCACAACCGGAGGUGAGGUCCCCCUCCCCACCUCCACCUCCCGGCCGCACCACCUCCCUGCUCAUUAGACCAAACUAUGAUGGCUCACCUCAGGCACCCAAAGCUGGGAUCCACCCCCCAGUGGCCAGCACUGUGAGGGGAAACCCCCCCGUUUCCCAGACACACCCCCACCAUCCGCUGACUGCACUUAAGGCCCAGGAUGUUGCUGACUCAGACCAAAGCCACAGCUUGGAGCCCACUCCCCAGAAACAAGUGGACAGCUGUGGACACCACCAGCAGAAGUCCCCUGCUGCCUUGCCUCAGACUCCCACAAGGGGGUCCCCAAAGCGGGGUCCCAUAAAACUCUUCCACCCUUCCCUGGCCACAGGGCAUACCGCAGACCCCCAUGAGUCUGGUGCCAAAGGUUCAAAAAACAUCCUGCAGAAGGGCUCCUCCCUCCAGAGCACACUUAGCGGUAAGAAGGUGGGGCCGGAGCGGGAGGGUGGGCACCCAAUGCUGCAAAAAACAUCCGGCAGCCUGCCUACAACCCUGCAGGGGCAGACACCAUGUACCCUGGAACCACACGUGCAAACGUUGCAAGUGGCUCCCAGCUAUUCCGGCCUCAGGGUCAGCCCACAGAACUCUGCAGAGAGAGUUGCCAAGGUGACUCGUAUCCCGAUGGGGUUCAAGGCCCUGGUCAAGUCCCCACCCACCCAGAAAGAGAGCACUUUGGCUUCGGCUAAGCAAGAGAAAGAACAUGUUCCCACAGCCUUCAAAGGGACUUCUAUGCCUGCCACUCCUGAUCCACUAACUCCCUUUGGCCCCGAGGCAGCAGGAGGGUGUUCCAAACCUGAAGGGAAACCCGAAACUCAUUCUGGCUCCAUGGAACAGGAGCCACUAUCAACUCUGGUCAGUGAACACAAUGUAGCCUGCGAGCGACUGGAUGGCGGGAGCAGGCUGUUCAAGCGCUCAAUUUCUGUUACGACUAAGCCCCACUUAAAGCCCGCCCUGGGGAUGAACGGGGCCAAAGCACGUAGCCAGAGCUUUAGCACAAACUACAUGGAGAGGCCCAACAUCGGGGUGUCAGAUGGACCUGGGAAGAUCCGGACACAGAUCAUCACCAACACAGGCGAGAGGGGGAACUCACUCACCCGACAGAGUUCGCUAAGCGAUGGCUUCCAGCUGAAACCUGCCGCUGGACUGGGGGAGACCUCGCCCCUUUCCGCCUUCAGUCGUGCAGGUCAACCUGGGGCCUCCAGCAACUACAGCAGCCCAACUGGUGCACCUGGCAAAGCUGCCACCAAAACAGUCCCCAAAGUCGACACGGCCCGAGCUAUGCCCAGAGGUGAAGCCUGCGGUUUGGCACCCCAGAAGGCGGGCAGGAGCCUGUCCCUCACUGACCGGUUUGGUCUCAAGAGCUCUCGCCAGCCUCAGUCCGAGUCGCCGCACUCUCCGGUCUGCAGCCCCAGCUUGCUGGCAGAGGGCACGGCAGGAAGGUUGCCGAUGAAGAGCGGCCUGAAACAGGGCCAGGCAAAAGCAACAGAGGGGGCGGAGAAACUCGCCAGCCCUACUACCUGUACCAUCGAGGAGAAAGUGAUGAUGGGAAUCCAAGAGAACGUGCAGAAGGGCCAGGUGCAGGACAGGUCCCAGGCACCCGAGCCCAAGCAGAAGUCCAGCUCGUCCCUGGCUAACUGGUUCGGCUUCCGGAAGACCAAGCUACCAGCCAUGGGCAGCAAGAAGGUGGAUGGAGCCAAGGGAAAAGAGGAAAAGAAGGAGCUGAAGAUGGGGUCAGUGCUGGGAGGCGGCAAGCAGCCCAAACCCGAUAAAAAGAAAGAGAAGAGAAAAAAUGAGACGCAACGCAAAGACGGCCUGGAGCAGGCCGCCACAGAGAGCAGCGAUAAGCUUAGCUUGAUAAUGGAUCGCUGCAGCAUCCAGGUGGGACAGCUGACGAAUCAGAUCCAGCAUUCUACAUCCUGCGUUGGGAAAGAUCUGUUUAUGAAGGAGCUCCUGAACAGGAGUGCAGCAAAGGGUGAUUCCCAUGGUGCACCUCUUCCCGGCAUUCCUGCCAGUGCCCAAGGCACCCCCAAGAAUAACGGCGGGAUGACGGGAGAUUCAGGGACCCGCGUCGAUACUGCAACCAAGAUCACCCAGAAAAGCAACCCCAAGGCUGAGAAUGAAGACGACACCGUCCCGGAGGCCGUCUGCCAGGAUCACAUGAUCGGCUCCAGCUGCCAGACGCGAACUUUGGACAGCGGCAUCGGGACCUUUCCCCUCCCCGAUUCUGUUGCCCGGGCAACCGGUCGGCACCUCACCAAAUCUGCGUCCACUCCCGAGCGGGCCCUGGCCACGCCCGUUGAAGCCCCUCAGGAUCCUGUCCCGACCCUGCUGCCCAGGUGGAAAGUGCCUUCUCGUCCUGAAACACGCUCCCGCCCCCACAGCGGCGUGGGCGUGUCUCUCUCCGACCCCACUAUGACCGGGAGCAAGGACCUGCCUGACCCACAGAGCCGGCUGCCCAAACCCAGCACCUCAGGUUUAAUGAACCCGAAGAGGCGGACCCAGAGCGAAUCGCAAUCAAGCCCCACCCAGACCCCUGGAAUCCAUGACAACCAGACAGACAAGGGAAAGACCAGCAAGGACCACGCCUUGUCCUCUGACCGGGCUCUCCACGUGUGCACGUACUCCGGCAGCAGCGGCAGUGAGGUGGAAACCGGCCCCGAGGACGACACCUCUGUGACACGCCCCUCCCGUGAGACUCCGCCCCCGAAACCCAAGAACAACAAACCAGUUGACCAGGAGGGGAUGAAGAGGAGCAGCGUGGGUAACCGGCUGUCAAUCAUGGACUACUACCAACAGGAAGUGUUCUCGCAUUUUGAGGAGGAGCAAACAGCCGUCCCGCAGUACAGCUCGCCAGGCACUGAGGGCAACGCUGGAGAUCCCCAAAGUAAAACCAAGGGGCCGGACGAGACCACGGGCACGAAGAAGAGGACGCGUUUCUCCAGAGUCUCCCUGGAGUCUCUCAACAAGCUGAACAGCAACGGCGGGGGGGUCGUCCCAGACGGUCAGAGGAGGGCCGGCGAGGAGAAACCCCCCAGGGACGGGGUGGAGCGGGGCCAAACCGGCACGGCCCCGUCCAGAGUGGACAACCUGGGGUCCCUGAGCGACUCCCUGUACGACAGCUUCUCUUCCUGCACCAGCCAGGGGUCCAACGACGUGUAGAGCCACCCGGACACCUCAUCUGUCCCGCCAACGAAGCACUUAAACCGAGAGCAGCGCAGACUCUGUGAGGACAACAUGUCCACGCUGAACAGAGAGGAGCAUGCUGGGG